GUCCGAGAAAAUUUUCGAAUCCCCGACCCGACUUUCUUCUUAAUCCUCAGCAGCUCGAAGUUUUUUCGAUCUGGGACCCGAACGUCUGACUUCUUUUUUGACCCGAGACAGAUCCGAAAAAAGUUUUGAAUACCCAACCCGACCCCCGGACCUUUUCUUCCCAAUCCGUGACAUUCCUGACAUGUAUUCCCCGCUUUCCUUGGCGAUGAAUGAACUCUAUUUAAACAUUGGGUCUAUUUCAAAAAGUUUUUUCUCUUUUUAAAUUUAGCCUAAUCUUUUCUUUCAAAUUUUUCUAAUUUUUGCCUAAAUAUAUUAAACAAGAAGAGAAAGAAAGAUGGGUGUAAAAGCUACCAAAUAUUUCUUCCCUCGUUUUCUUCUCCCCUUUUUAAAAAAUCAAUAAAACGGCGUUAAUUUGAGACUUUGUAUUUUUUUGUCAUUUAAAUUUUGAUUUUGCUUUUUUCUAUUAAAAUAAAAUUUUUUUUCGAUAAAUACUUCAACAUUUUUUUAAUUUUAAUAAUUUUUUUAAAAAUUGUUUUUAAUACAUUUAUUUUUUUUACCUUUUUUUUAAUUUUAAAUUUUUUUAUUUUUUAGUCACAAAAAUUUUUUUUCUUUUUUUCAAAAAUUUUCAAAAUGGCAAACAAACACCAACAAGAAAAAUCUUCUUUUUUUGAUGAAAUUACAAAUGAUGAUUCCAAAUUCUUUUUAAAUACUCUUCCUUUAUUCUCUCCAACUGGAAAAAUUGAAAAUGUUUUUGGGGCAAGACAAGAUGAUGAUAAGGAAAAUUUUUUGAAUUUGAGUACCCUUUCAACAACUUCAACUUUAAAAAAGAAAUAUACACGGCCCAACAAAAAUAUGCUGGCCAAGAACAGGAAAUUCCAGAAAACUCCCAAGAAGAGUGUGCCAACAGCAGCAUAUAAAAAUUUGUUUAAAGAAAUUGUUCAACAACAAACAAGAAAUAAGUUAAACUUGAAUGAGUCUGCUGUAGAUGCUUUAAUAGAGUCGUCAGAGGAUUUUUCAAGAUCUUUCUUUCAAUGCGCAAAUGUGGCAGCUAUUCAUUGUGGGCGAAAAACAGUAAUGAGUAAGGAUUUUGAAUUAGUGAGAUACAUUUUAAAUGCUUUUGGGAGUAAUUUGUUAAAAUAA